CUCUGACGGCACGGGCCAGCGCCGCUCCUCAAAUGGACGUGUUCGCCGUUCCUGCGGAAAGGCCGAAAGGAUGGUACCUUCCUCUGAUGGCCCCCAACACCAGGGGGCCGGCGUUCGCCUGGCUGGACCCGUCCAGACUCUACUGCAACUCCCAGGCUCUAGCCGACUGUGUGAAGGACCUGCUGGCUCCGUUCCACAAUGACCCCAUUGACCUGGUUGCUGGGAUCGACGCAAUGGGAUUCAUUCUUGGGGCGUCCGUCGCCACCGCUCUGGGAAAAGGCUUCCUUGCUAUUCGCAAGGCGGGCCAUCUGUGCGUGGAAGCCCAAACCCAGAACUACAGCGACUACACGGGCAGAGAAAAGACCAUGGAAGUAAGGCUGGACGUGCUGCGACCAGGUCUGAGGGUCCUGUUGGUGGACCAGUGGAUCGAGACGGGCGGCACCAUGAGGGCCGCCAUCCAGCUGCUGGAGCGGCAGGGGGCCGCCGUCGUCGGUGUGGCGGCCGUGGCCAUCGAGAACACGGAGGGGGGGAAGUGGAUCAAGGACAACUACAAGUUCUCGCACUGCGUCCCCGAAGAGCUGCAGGGCCAGGUGGACGGCAAACGCCUCAACUGCUUCCAGGUCUUCAACUGACGCCGUCCGUCCCGAACCGAACGCCUCAUCCCGGGUUAAUAUGAAUAUACUUUAUAAGAUUUGCUUUCUACACUGUAAACUGUGAUUUAUUCUCUUUCUUUUUAAUGUUAUUAGUGUUGUAUAAAAGAUAUUCAGA